AAUCAUUUAUAAAUUGACCGGCGGGUGUUGCGGUUGAAUUUUCGAGAAAAUUAUUCAAAGAAAUAUUUACGCGAAGGACAGCGUGCUCUCCCAUUGUUCAAUUUUGUGAAUAAAUUAUUUAUUAAACCAAAAUGACCGUCGACGAAGGCGUUGAUAUCACAGGCGAUCGCGGAGUUUUGAAGAGGAUCAUCAAAGUUGGCGAGGGUACGGAGACACCGAACCAAGGCUGCCAUGUGUCUGUGCAUUAUACCGGGACAUUAUUAGACGGGACAAAGUUCGAUUCCAGUCGGGAUAGGAAUGAACCCUUUCAAUUCUGUCUAGGAAAAGACUCGGUGAUAAAGGCAUGGGACAUCGGCGUGGCGACGAUGAAGAAGGGUGAGGUGUGUGUGCUGACGUGCGCGCCCGGAGUACGCCUACGGCGCCUCGGGCAGCCCGCCAAAGACUACCGCCAACGCGACACCGCAGUUCGAA